AUGCAUUUGGCAUUCGUCAUUCACACAUGGAGUGGCGAUCGCCCUCGUGAUCCCCGACAUGUAUAUGCCAACCCACUGCAGCCAGGUAUCUGCCCUAUUGUUGCUCUCGGACUCUAUUGGGCAGCUACGAAUUCUGACGAAAGUGAUCUCCUUUUCCCUGGAAACAACCAGUACGACAGAUUCCGCAGGUGUUGGAUCCGGUUAUUAGAUCAAGACGAUGUCAUGCCCAUCGUCGACGGCAGUUCAUUUGCGUGCUGGUUGGCUGCUGGUGACAUGCAUGUUGGUCGAACUGUAGCUGGUUUGCCUACCGAGAGCUACCGAUUUUCAGCUUUAGCGCCGCACUUCGAAACACGUGACGAUUGUGUUAAAAAUGGUGUGCGAUUGAUGUUUCCAGGUUUGCCAAACCGCCUCCAGUUUAUUGCAGAGUAUUCACCACAUCUUUGA